GGGUGGACACGCAAAACACACACGGCACGGGCUGCACGCUCGCCUCCGCCAUCGCCGCCGAGCUGGCCCGUGGGUCGGCGCUGCUGGCCGCCGUCCGCUCCGCCCGCGCUGCGCUGCAGCGGGCUCUGCGGGCCAGUACGGGGCUGCGGCUGGGGGCGGGCGUGCAGCGGCCCUUCGACCACCAGCACAUGCGGAGGGAGGCGGGCGGGAGGCAGCUGGGGGAGGGGCAGCGGGCGGAGGGGGAGCUAGCAGCCACCUCCCCACCACCAUCCGCCUCAGUAGCAGCCGUCCCUCCAGUGGUUGCCAGCCGCGUGGAUCGUGAGGCUCUGCGGCGGCAGCUGCGCCUGUACGCGGUGACCGACCCGCACUGCAACCAGCGGAGCGGCCGGUCGCUGCUGCAGGCGGUCACGCAGGCGGUCCGGGGGGGCGCCAGCAUCGUGCAGCUGCGCGAGAAGGAGCUGGAGGGGGGCGACUUCCUGCGGCAGGCGGCGGAGGCGCUGGUGGUGUGUCGGCAGUACGGCGUGCCGUUGGUGAUCAACGACCGGGUCGACGUGGCGCUGGCGGUUGGCGCGGACGGCGUGCACGUGGGUCAGUCGGACCUGCCUGCUGCGGCGGUGCGGGCGCUGCUGGGCCCGGGGCGCAUACUGGGGGUGUCCGUCAAGACCGCGCAGCAGGCCGCCGCGGCCGCCGCCGCCGGUGCCGACUACCUGGGUGCGGGUGCCGUACGCCCCACCGGCACCAAGGCCACGGGGGUGAUCGGGC